AUGCUGGUAAAAAGUUUAUCACCGGAGGAUCAUGUAGCCAACUUGUCAAUCGUCUUCACCAUCAUAUUGCGCAAUGGGAUGCGGCUUAACCCACAGAAAUGCAUCUUCGGGGUCGAGGUAGGAAGGUUUCUCGGGUACAUCAUUAGCCACAGGGGAAUUGAGGCCAAUCCAGAGAAUGUGCAGGCUAUAUUAGACAUGGUAUCCCCAACCUACCGGAACGAGGUCCAAUCUCUUAUAGGCAAGGUGGCCGCCCUGUCAAGAUUCAUCUCUAAGCUAACAGACAAGUGUACCCCUUUCUUCAAAUUGCUAAAAACCCAGCACAUCAAGGUGAUAGCCUGGACAGCGGAGCACGAGGCUGCUUUCCUUGGCUUGAAGUCGUACUUGUCAGAGGUACCUCUACUCUACAAACCUGUUCCCGGAGAAAUGCUCUACGUAUAUCUGGCGGCAUCGUCAACUGCUGUUUUGCAGAAACCAGAGACAUCGGGCAGGUUAAUUAAGUGGGCCAUCGAGCUUGGGGAGUUCGAUAUCAAGUACCAGCCCCGGACAGCCAUCAAAGGUCAGGCAGGGGCAGAUUUUAUUUCUGAAUCAAUCCCUUCCCAUGGCCCAAACAAGGAACUACCUGAACCACUAGCCGCAGAUCCACCUCCGCCAAGCACUUGGAGAUUAUACGUUGAUGGAGCAUCCAACAAGAAAACCAGCGGAGCCGGCAUCCUGCUAAUUAGCCCGGACGAUCAAGUCUACGAGUACGCCCUCAAGUUUGCCUUCAAGGCAUCCAACAAUGCCGCAGAAUACGAGGCACUCAUAGCAGGUCUGCAGAUCGCCCUGGAACUAGGGAUCCAGCACCUUAGUAUCUUCAGUGAUUCUCAGUUGGUCGUAAACCAGGUCAGCGGUAACUUCGAGGCAAAGGAGCCCCACAUGUCCUCCUACCAGGCCUUGGCCCAGGCUUUAGUUCAAAGGUUCACCUCCUACAUUUUUACCCAAAUACCGAGGGCAGAAAACGACAAGGCAGACGCCCUUGCUAAGCUCGCAUCAACUUCUCCAAACCCUACCUAUGGGGCCACUAAAGUCAAAAUACUCGCGGGACCUAGCACUUCCAAAACGGUGUCAGAAAUAUUUUCGGUGGAUCACAAAGCUUCAUGGAUGGACCCAAUUUUGAAAUACAUGAUCGACGGCCUAGCACCGGAUGAUAAGGUCGAGGCUAGAAGACUACAGCUAAGGUCAUCUCGAUACACGAUCAUGAACGGUAAACUGUACAGAAGAGGGAAUUGCUUUCCCAACCUGAAGUGUGUGACACCGGAGGAGGGUCACAAAAUAAUGAAGGACAUUCACGCUGGUGUAUGUGGUAACCAUGCCAGAGCCUGA